UUAGUCAUAUUCUAUUCUUAUAUUGUAUGUGCAAAUACACUUGUUUACUUCAUAAGAACGCCGAGUCUGAAAUUCAGCCAACUAAAAUUUCCUUAGCAUUCAGCUCUUCACUUCGAGUGAAUAGAUUUGUCGAUCAGAGUGGCUAAAAGGGUGAGCCCUUUGAGUUUGAAGACCUUCAAAGUCCAAGGUUGCACAAAUUUCUCUGUUCAAGUAUACAUCAGAGAAAGAAUGCAACUUUGGUUGCCUAAUUUACAAUUUUAGGAGUUUUAACAUAGACAACGAAAUUGAAGAAACGCAAUUAGUUCAUUAUGGAGCCUUUGUGGAAACUUCUAUAUCUGCUGGAACCUGCACCUGUCACUCUUAUUCUGACUGCGGUGGCUGUUACAUUUGGAUCUGCUUUCCGGGCCCUAAAUUAUGGAAAGGAAAUGGAGAGAAACCAUGACUUUUCAGAAGCAUCCAUUACCUUAGACAGAUCCCAAGCGUUAAUGAUCCCAGUUAUGAGUUCUUGCAGUUUGCUUUUGAUGUUCUACCUGUUUUCUUCCAUGUCUCAACUUCUUACUGCAUUCACAACUGUUGCUUCUGUUUCAUCCCUCUUCUUCUGUUUAGCUCCCUACAUGGCCUACUUAAAGUCCCAGUUUGGAUUGGCUGAUCCUUAUGUAUCGAGGUGUUGUUCCAAGUCAUUUACACGAAUUCAAGGGUUAUUAUUGUUGGUAUGUUCUGGUUUAGUUGCAGCUUGGCUUGUUUCUGGGCAUUGGAUUUUGAACAAUUUGUUAGGAAUUUCAAUAUGUGUUGCGUUUGUCAGCCAUGUUCGUCUCCCUAAUGUUAAAGUAUGUGCAAUGCUUCUCGUUUGUCUCUUUGUAUAUGAUAUAUUCUGGGUCUUCUUCUCUGAGAGAUUCUUCGGGGCAAAUGUAAUGGUAUCUGUAGCAACUCAGCAAGCAUCAAAUCCUGUUCACACAGUUGCUAAUAGUCUGAGUCUUCCUGGUUUGCAAUUGAUAACUAAGAAGCUCGAGUUACCCGUCAAGAUAGUCUUUCCCAGGAACUUACUUGGUGGAGUCAUUCCAGGAAAACAUGCCACUGAUUUCAUGAUGCUUGGUCUUGGUGAUAUGGCAAUUCCUGCCAUGUUUCUAGCUCUAGUUCUUUGUUUCGACCAUCGGAAAAGUAGGGAUACAGUCAAUCUCUUAGAUAUCCACACAAGGGGCGGCCACAAGUAUAUUUGGUAUGCCCUACCUGGGUAUGCCAUUGGGCUGGUGACUGCUCUAGCUGCCGGCGUCUUGACUCACUCACCGCAACCUGCUUUAUUGUAUCUGGUACCUUCUACAUUAGGACCUGUUAUAGCCAUCUCUUGGAUGAGGAAGGAUUUUUUGGAGUUAUGGGAAGGUCCCUCGCCGAACCACAAUGAUAAAGUGCGCCAAGUAGAAGUAGUUUGAUGAUGAAGAGAAUUGUAAAGUCGUUUGCUGUAUCAAAUGCUAUCAUCCUUUGGAAACAUUUGUCAUUUGUAUGAAAAUUGCACGCCUUACUAAAAUUCUAUUUAAAUGCCCAAACCCACUUGUGAAAAGAAAAUAGAUUAUAUCACUUCUUGCAUUUUAUUUUAA